UCCCACUUUCAUUGUAUAUGAGCAAAUCUGUCACCCACGUUGCGACGACGAUAAAGCGUCGAUAUUAUUUAUUCCAAGCAUGUAAUUAUUGAUAAAUAAUUAAUAUUAAAUUAUACAAAAAAAUAAUUACAAUAAAAAUAAAAUAAUUGAUUUAUUAAAAUGGCAGCUGGUCGUGGUAUAUUGAGUUUAAGAUUUAAUCAGGAUCAAGGAUGUUUUACAUGUUGUAUGGAAUCUGGAUUGAGAGUAUAUAAUGUUGAGCCACUUGUAGAAAAGGCACAUUUUGAAAAUGAUCUUAUGGGAAGUAUUGCAAUUGGUGAAAUGUUAUGGAGGACAAAUGUCAUUGCUGUUGUUGGUGGUGGUUCAAGACCAAAAUUUGCUGAUAAUACUGUGUUAAUUUAUGACGAUAUUGCUAAAAAAUUUGUCAUGGAAAUAACCUUUACUAGUCCAAUAAAAGCUGUUAGACUUCGUCGAGAUAAAUUAAUUGUUGCAUUACAACGUGAAAUUCACGUAUUUUCAUUUCCAUUUCCAACAAGAAGAUUACUUACAUUAGAAACAAGAGAUAAUCCAAAAGGUCUUGUUGAAGUUGCAACACUUGCAACAGCACAUAAACAAUUAUUAGCAUUUCCUGGACAUAAACUUGGUAGUGUACAAUUAGUUGAUCUUGCUGCAACUGAAGCUGGUAGUUCAUCAGCACCAGCUACACUUUCAGCACAUCAGGGUGCAUUGGCUUGUAUUGCUGUUAAUUCAAAUGGUACAAUGGUGGCAACAGCUUCUGCUCAAGGUACACUUGUCAGAGUGUGGGAUAGUGUUAGAAGACAACUUCUUGUUGAACUUAGACGUGGUGCUGAUCCAGCAACUUUAUACUGCAUAACAUUUAGUAGAGAUUCAGAAUUUUUAUGUGCAUCAAGUGAUAAAGGAACUGUACAUAUAUUUGCACUUAAAGAUACUCAUCUAAAUCGAAGAUCAACAUUUUCAAAGAUGAGCUUUUUGGGAAAUUAUAUUGAAAGCCAAUGGGCACUUGCAACUUUUACAGUACCACCAGAAUGUGCAUGUGUUUGUGCUUUUGGAUCACGUAAUUCAGUCAUUGCUGUUUGUAUGGAUGGUACUUUUCAUAAAUACGUAUUUACAUCUGAAGGCAAUUGUAAUCGUGAAGCAUUUGAUGUGUUUCUUGACGUCUGUGACGACGAAGAUUUCUAGUCGUACAAGAAAAAAAAAUAUAAUAAUAAAUAAAAAAACUAGUUUUAUAAUAAAAAUUAAAAAAGAAAAAAAAAAAAAAAAGAUACAAAAAGAAAAAAAUAUCAUGUUGAUAAAUUGAUUUUUUAAAUAUGUAAUUUAUUAUUGUUUGUUUUUCUAGUGUACAUAUGUCAUUUAAAAAUAAAUCUAAACAAACUUACAUUAUUUAUAAAUA